AUGACUAGUGACUGUAUGGCUUGGGUAGUGAUUGGCCGGGGGGCUGAGGCAAUAGUAGGACGGUGUUUAGGCUGGAUAGUAAAAACUCGUAUAAAGAAAGGGUAUCGUUUGGCUGCGAUAGAUGAGCGCUUACGCCGGGAAAGAACACGCCGUGAGAAGAAUGUUUUAGGCCGAUUAGAAAAGACUGGAGUUACUCCCAAAUUAGCGGAUGAGAGUAAAGCAGCAGAGAUAGCAACUGCAGCUGGUGUAGAUUUAAAUGAUUCAGUUGUAAUGAAAGAAGCACUUGGUUUAAGUCUUUAUGAACUAGCUAGCUCAAUUAGCACAACCGAAUUAACAGAACUAGUUGUCGCUGCAGCUGAGGCUGUGGGUCGAGUACAUUCUUUAGGAAUUGUACAUGGUGAUAUUACUUUAAACAAUAUUAUUGCUGAACGGGUGGACGGACAGCCAGUAAGAAUCACUCUUAUUGAUUUUGGACUAAGUAGUUUCACGGGUAAAGAUGAAGAUCGAGCGGUAGAUCUCUAUUUAUUUGAAAGAGCAGUUCGUUCAGCUACAGGUGAAGAUUUGUCUUUGGCCAUUGAGCAAGGCUAUGCUAAAUCUGGUUCAGCUCAGACCUUAAAAAGACUGGAGAGUGUGAGACAACGUGGCCGGAAAAGAGAACUAUCGGCCGUUGGAUAA